AUGUUCUUCAAGACCAUCCUCACUGCCGCUCUGGCCACCGCUGCCACGGCUCUUCCCCACUCCUUCAGCAACAACAUGGUUCGUCGCAACGGUACCUCUUCUGGCUCCGGCGGCGUCUCCAUCUCCAACAACAUGAGCAACACUACCGUCUACGCGUGGUCUGUUUCUGAUAGAGUCAGUAACAUGCAUACCCUUUCUGCGGGCGGUGGUAGCUACUCCGAGUCCUGGCAAUCCAACGACAACGGUGGUGGUAUCUCCAUCAAGCUGUCCACCACUGAGAGCCAGUCCGAUGUCCUCCAGUUCGAGUACACUCAGAGUGGUGACACCAUCUACUGGGACAUGUCCUGCAUCAACCUCGGCAGUGACUCUGCUUUCACCAAGUACGGAUUCUCCGUCACUCCUUCCGAGGAGGGUGACAACUGCCCUUCUGUCAACUGCGAGGCUGGUGACACUGAGUGCGCUGAGGCCUACCUCCAGCCCGAUGACAACGAGGCUACUCACGGCUGCCCCAUUGACACUCAGUUCACUCUUACUCUGGGUUAA